AGCGGCGCGCUUGGGAAAUUUCGCUCUCCCCUGCAACAUUGAUUGCCAGCCGAGCCGCCUAUCGAGCCCAGCCUUGGGUAUCACCAGCCAGGCUCUGCCCUGCUGCGUCCGACACACCUCCUGGUUUGGGCCAUCACAUCGUAGACGAAAGCAGGCUCCACGGCCCUCUAGGAAAGCAUUGCAAGCAUUGCAAGCGCCGGUGCCAGGGCGGUAAUUACAGACCUGCAUCGACGAGAUUUGUGGCGCUUUCUGUCCAGCUCCCUUUUCACCGUUCGGUCGCCGCCUUACCGCCUGCCCACGCACACUCCCCCCUCCCCCCUCCCCCUGCCUGCCCUACCGUGCAGCCAUUAACCACACCCCACCACCCCCAACGACCACCACCAGCCCGGUCCGCCCUGCCGACUAAGCACCCGGCCAUGGAGUCCGAGAUUAGGACCAUCCUCCCCCAUGUGGACCCCGUGGUUUCCGAGUACUCGGUAGGGUACCUGACCCACGCCUCGACGGCAUGGGCCGGCGAUGAGGAGAGCGCCGGCCCGCCGCCGAUGGCCGAGGCCGCCUCGGUCGUCACGGAACUGCUGCUCUCAGCCUCGGGCAACCCGGACGCUCGCAUGGAGGAGAAGAUCCGCUCGCUGGUCGACAAGUGGGUGGACAAGUACGCCGAGGCCAGCGGCUCGCACGAGCACCGCGGGCCCUCGGUCCGCCGCCUGGACCAGACCAUCCAGGUCGGCGCCCAGCGCAACAUGUCGUCCACCCUGGCCGUCUCACAGGGCGGCGUCGACCUCGAGUCCGCCAACGCCCGCAAGGUCGAGUCCAAGGUCGACCGCAAGAAGCUCGAGAAGGCCGAGCGCAAGAUCGCCGCCAAACAGAACAAGAAGACCUUCAAGACGGUCGAGUACGAGUCGUCGCGCCUGCUUAACCAGCCGGACGCCGCCCAGUCGUACGAGGACUUUUACAUGGCCGUCAACCCCCUGCAGAUGGGUGGUGGCAGCGCCGGCAAGAGCAAGGAUAUCAAGGUCGACAACACCGACGUCUCCAUCGGCGGCCAGCGCAUCCUCGCCGACACCACCCUCACCCUGUCCUACGGCCAUCGCUAUGGCCUUGUCGGUUUCAACGGUGUCGGUAAAUCGACUCUGCUCCGCGCUCUCGCCAAGAGAGAAGUUCCUAUCCCUACCCACAUCUCUAUUCUCCACGUUGAGCAAGAAAUUACUGGAGACGACACUCCCGCGUUGCAAGCUGUUCUGGAUGCCGAUGUGUGGCGCAAGGUCUUACUAAAGGAACAAGCCAAAAUCACGGCAAAACUAGCCGAGAUAGAGCAGCAGCGGGCCUCCAUGGCAGACACCUCGGAAGAGGCAGCCAAACUGGACCGCGAGCGCGAGGCUCAAGACCAGACGCUAGGCGACGUCCAAGGCAAGCUCGCCGAGAUGGAGUCGGACAAGGCCGAGUCGAGGGCUGCCAGCAUCCUAGCAGGUCUGGGUUUCUCGGCGGAACGGCAACAGUUCGCAACCAAAACCUUCUCGGGAGGUUGGCGUAUGCGUCUUGCCUUGGCGCGAGCGCUGUUCUGCGAGCCCGACCUUCUGCUGCUCGACGAGCCGUCAAACAUGUUGGACGUUCCGUCCAUCACCUUCCUUUCCACCUACCUUCAGAGCUAUCCCAGCACCGUCCUGGUCGUGUCUCACGACCGUGCGUUCCUCAACGAGGUGGCAACCGACAUCAUCCAUCAACACUCUCAAAGGCUCGAUUACUACCGUGGAGCCAACUUUGACACAUUCUACGCCACGCGUGAGGAGCGCCUGAAGACGGCUAAGCGCGAGUACGAGAAUCAGAUGGCGCAACGCGCGCAUCUGCAGGCCUUCAUCGACAAGUUCCGCUACAACGCAGCCAAGUCGUCCGAGGCCCAGUCGCGCAUCAAGAAGCUGGAGCGUAUGCCCGUGCUCGAGCCCCCCGAAGCCGAGUACAGCGUCCACUUCACCUUCCCCGAUGUUGAAAAGAUGUCGCCGCCCAUCAUCCAGAUGUCGGGCGUCACCUUUGGCUACACGCCAGACAAGAUCCUGCUCCGCGAUGUCGACCUGGACGUCCAGCUAGACUCGCGUAUCGGCAUCGUCAGACCCAACGGCGCGGGAAAGACGACGGUGCUGCGCCUGCUCAUCGGAAAGCUGACACCCACCACGGGCAUAAUCUCGCAGAACCCGCGCCUGCGCGUCGGCUUCUUCGCUCAGCACCACGUUGAUGCGCUGGACCUGAACGUGUCGGCCGUUACCUUCAUGGCCAAGACGUACCCCGGGCGCACCGACGAGGAGUACCGGCGCCAGCUCGGCGCCUUUGGAAUCACGGGAACCACGGGCCUGCAGAAGAUGGAGUUUCUGUCGGGAGGCCAGAAGUCCCGCGUCGCUUUUGCGUGCCUGGCGCUGCAGAACCCGCACAUCCUCGUGCUCGAUGAGCCGUCCAACCAUCUCGACAUCGAGGCCAUGGACGCCCUCAGCGACGCCCUCAAGCGCUUCCAGGGCGGCGUGCUCAUGGUCAGCCACGACGUCACCAUGCUCCAGACCGUCUGCACCAGCCUGUGGGUCUGCGACGGCGGCAUCGUCGAGAAGUUCCCCGGCGACGUCCAGCAGUACAAGAAGCGCAUCGCCGCCCAGGCCGACGCGGCCGGCGUGGUCAAGGCCCACUGAGCCGGCGGCGGCGGCGGCGGCGGCUAUGGGCUAUUACACAUUUGUUAGUGUGACAGUAGCGAUAGUAUUGACAAAAUGGAAGCCGGUUGCAGGCGAUAUAUCUCCACGAGGUGUAUGAACGAUUUGGUCGUUAGGCAUGAGGUCGCCUCGAUUAUGCGU